GUCGAAAGCGGGAGCCGAAUCGCUGCCGCGGGCGAGAGCGCAGAGCAGGCAGAGGCGCCUGCGGGGGCCUUGCCGGCAGGUUCCAGCCUGGUUUUGGCCUGGCCCAGAGGCACACAGAGGGCCCAGACCUGCAAUUCACACGGAGGCCGCAGGCCCACGCUCACUGAGACUCAGGAGCCUGCAGGCCAUCGUGCACGAACCACACAGACACCCUCCGAGUUACCCGCGAGCCUCAUCGCCAACUCAAGGGCGCAGGCACACCCAGCACACACUGACAAUCACACGCAUAACAAAUAUCACACACACACAUGCAGCCCCAAACCACACACAUACAAAACACUCACAGAGUGUGGACAUACACAUGAUCACGGGACACAUACACGAGAACAGCACACACAUGACUGCACACUGCAGGUAGACACCACACACAGACACGUAAGCCUACUUGCCAACACUCUGCCACCCCAGGGUGUUUUAACCCUCACUCAAUCCAUCUAGGUGACUCUUAGGCCAGUGUCGGGCAGCUGGAAGGGGAUCUGCCUGGUCUCACCAGCGGGCACAGCAGUAGCCUAGCAACUAUAAACACGGUCACUCAGAGUUCAGUACCUCUACCUGGACUGAGGUUGCCGGGGCGCCCACACUGGCUGCUUGUGUAGCUGAGGGAUGCAGCCAAAAUCUAAGAGCCUGAGCCCCAGAAAUGAGCAUCAGACCUAGAGAACCCUAUUUGAAGCAGAUACCAGUACUGCACCAAGAAAUGGCACCACAGUACAGAGUAUGAAGCAGACAUGCCAUACAUGUGCCAGUAUGUGUUCAGUGCCACAUGCAUCAUACACGGUACUAGGAUUUGGCCAGUACCCACAUAGAGACCGCUAUUUAUGUGAAAACAAGCAGAAGAGAUGUAUAUAGUUCUAGGAAUAAAUGUCACGUGUGUACAAAUAUAGAUACCAAUCUACACCUAAGGAGAUGUAAAGUUGAAAAUCUCUUUCCAGCUCAUGGGUACCGUUAUCAAGCUAGAAUACUAGCCUAUGUGUCUGUGGUGAAGUCUGGUCUCCUUUCCAGGGAAGAGGGGGUCAUAUGGUGCCAUGAAAGCAUUGUGGUGAGGCUGGAUUAUGGGAGAACUAUAUGUACCUGAAAUGUAAUCAAGCCACUGAAAAGGGAGAUUUGGGUAGCUUUAGAGGGGAACCCCAUGGUAAAGGGCUGUCUGGGCUGUGUCCUUAGAAUUGCUGGAAGGUGCUCUCAGCCACAGAAGCAGUAAAAGUGGUGGCCAGGCCUGCAUGGCGGAGGAUGGAGCCUGUCUGCAGGCAGGUGUCUGUAUGCACAGACUAUGCUGGGUAAAAACACAAACCUGUUCAUGGUACACACAGAUAGAUCCUGACAACCAAGCCCGGCAAGACGCAGACAAUGUGUGGCCACAGAUGUCCAACUGGAUUGUCAGGGAGAUGAAUUUUGUAGGAGAAAAUAUAAGGACUUCCAAGUGCUGGCCUUCAUCUCCCUGCAAGAUGCGCCCCCCUCCAGCUCCCAGCCUUCAUCUUCCGACUGUCACUGUCUCCUUCACAAGGAGAGCAGCAAGAGAAAGAAAGAGAGAGGCAAGCGAAAUUCCUGAAUGGAUAGACAGAUGCUACGUCAUCGGAGCUGCAUCCUCCACUCCACAAGAGGCUAGGAGCUGGGGGGAGAGAGGCAGUCCAGCCGCAGGGGCCACCCGAACAGUCUCUCCUCCUCACAGAAGCCUGGAGCUGGAUAUCCAAGAAGCAGCAGCCUCAUUUGUUUUCUGGUGUCAUCGUAGGUGGCCACUUAUGGCUUUUGGGCUUCUCACCUGGGGCGGGUGGGUGCUCCAACACCCUCCCACCCUCCUUCCUCCUUGUGGACGACAGAGCCACAUCCAGCACCACGGACAGCUCCCGGGCGCCCUCAUCUCCUCGUCCUCCAGGCAGCACAAGCCAUUGUGGAAUCUCCACCGGGUGUACAGAACGGUGCCUGUGCAUCCUGCUGCUCAGGACCUCUCAAGUCCCCGAUGUGAUGGCUCCUCAGCAUCAUCAGGAGUGAGCAUAAUUCAGACCUAUUUAGAUCCAUCAGCCUAUGGGCCAGGGGGACCUUCAGCAGGACAGUCUUUUGUCUCCAAGCAGUCAUUCCUUGUUAUACAAGCAAGAGUCAGGAGGAGGAAUGGUUUUGGCAUCAUCCCCCACAGACAGCAAUGGGGCCUUUAGGCCUGGAGGGAAGGACCAGGCUGAGGCUGGCAUAUGGAGGUUGAGCCCUGGGCACGGGGCAUCAGCUUCACCCGGCUGGGGAUGCCUUCUGCUGGGUUUGUCCAUCUGGCACCAGCUGGCUUCCCAGCACCGCCCCCACAACCAACCAGACUCCUUCUUCUGCUGUUGCCAUGACAAUUGGCUGCCAUAUUGUACCUCAGAGCACUAGCUCCUAUCUGGAUUUUCCUGUGGAGUUCCUAGAGGGUGGGAGAUGGGUCUCCAGGGAUUUAUCCCUUUCUCCUGAUAUCCAUCCAAUAAAAAUUCAUAAUAACAU